AUGUAUAGCCAAAACGUAUCUAUUUUAUUUACAUUUUUGUACAUAAUUGUUCACUUCGUAUCAUCCGUGCCACCAGACACUCUUCGGCAAGUCAAUGUGCUUUUCCGGCAUGGAGACCGAUCACCAAUGAUGUCAUUUCCGACAGAUGAGCACCAGGAAGACAGUUGGCCGCAAGGUUUUGGAUGGCUUACUAAUAUAGGGAAAUUGCAGCAUUAUCAUUUGGGGAAAUUUUUAAGACAGCAUUACAGUGGGUUUCUUAAUACAACUUAUGAUCACAGACAGAUUAAAGUAGAAAGUUCCUGUAUACCACGAUGCCUGAUGAGUGCCUAUUCAAAUCUGGCUGGCCUUUACCCUCCAGUUGGGCAGCAAGUGUGGGAAACAAACCUCCUCUGGCAACCAAUUCCAGUGGAAACAAAACCUGGCAAUGAAGACAAUAUCUUAUACAUGGGAAAACCAUGCCCAAGAUAUGAUCAGCUUUUUGAAAAAGAGAUGCGGUCUCAUGAAGUAACAGAUGAGGAAAAAAAGAACAAGGCCUUUUAUGAUUUCAUUGACAAGAAGACAGGCAUCACAAGAGAGAACAUCUCUUCAAUUUGGUCAGUUGCUGAUACGCUGAUUUGUGAAAGACAUCAUAAUAUGAGUGCCCCCAGUUGGUUGAAUGAAACUGUCUUCAAGAAAUUACGUGAACUUCAAAGUUUUUCUUUUUACAUCAAAUUUGGUACACCAGAGCUGGCUCGAUUGAAAGGGGGUCCAUUGCUAAAAAGGAUGUUGGUGAAUUUCCAGAACAAAAUAAAGGGAACUGACAAAACAAAGUUUUUUAUGUUUUCAGCUCAUGAUACAACCGUAUGUGCCUUAUUAAGUGCAAUGAAAGUGUUCAAUAAACGAUCACCUCCAUAUGCUGCCACUAUUCUUACUGAACUGCAUGAAAAAGCAAAUGGAAGCUUUUUCAUUCGUAUUUACUAUAAGAACACAACGCAAGAUGUCAAUGAUUAUAUGACUCCUCCUACACAAUUGAUUGUACCAGGUUGUGAUGCUGAUUGUCCUUUUGACAAAUUUGUUCAAUUGUUGCAAGAAACAAUUCCUGUAAACUGGAAACGAAGAAUGCCAUGUAUCAGCAAAGAAAAUUGUACAUUUCUCACAUAA